AUGAAGAGGAUCUUCGGUACGGGAAAGAAGGAACCACCACCAGACUUGAAUGCUGCCGUAGCCAAUAUCGAAUCCAGAGGUGAAAGCAUCGAGAAGAAGAUCGCGAAAUUAGAUGGGGAACUUGUGAAGCUUCGUGAUCAAAUGGUAAAGAUGCGGGAGGGGCCCAGUAAGAAUAUGAUAAAGCAGAAAGCACUGAGGAUAUUGAAACAAAAAAGGAUGUAUGAGAACCAGAAGGCUCAGCUCGAUCAGCAGGCUUUCAAUGUCGACCAGAGCAACUUCGCAAUUCAAGGGAUGAAAGAUACUCAGGUAACAGUUGCUGCAAUGAAGACUGGCUUGAAGACAAUGCAGAGAGAAUAUAAAAAAUUGAAUAUCGAUAAGAUCGAAGACCUGCAAGAUCAAAUGGAGGAUAUGUUGGAUAUGAACAACGAGAUUCAGGAGGCGAUGAGUCGACAAUAUGAUACACCAGAUAUUGACGAAGCUGAUCUCGAGGCUGAGUUGGCAAUGUUGGGAGAUGAGUUGGAUCUCGGCGAAACCGACACCAACUAUCUUGAUGAAGCCCUCAAUGCACCUGGCGUGCCAGCAUCGAAGCCAACUAGUUCCAAGGUGGCAGAAGGUCUCGAAGUGGACGAGUUUGGUCUACCGAAGAUUCCUGCUUGA